CCUUUGCAGGCAUCAUCUGUGAGCAGCAGCACAGGGACUGCCCGAGGUGCUCCCGGGCCCCUCAUUGGGCAGUGUGGGGUGUCCUUGAAGGGGCAUUUUGGGCAGAGCACGGCUCUUUGGAAGGGCAGCAGCAGAAGACACUCCCAGGUUGAGCAGUGCCACAUUUCCCAAGCAGAACACUGAAACGAAGGACACCAAGGACCUCUGAGCUGCUCUGGAGACAGCGUGAGCAGCUGGUGCACCCGGUAUUCCUUGGGGGGCUGCACCCCUGCUGCUGGCCUCUUGUAGGCUGGAGACCCCUCCUCACUGCCCGCAGGCAGCGGGAUGAUGGGCUGGAUCAACCGGGUGGUUCCCCAGCCCCCGGUGCCCCCGGUGACGGAGGAGAGCCCACGAGCCCCAGCACAGGAGCCGGAGCCAGUUAAGGCACCAGCAGGAAAAGCCAGUGGCCCCACGGAUGUUGCUGACCAGGCACGCACUGAGGAACUAGUAAAGAAAGUAGAAUUUGUGAUCCCUGAGGACACAGGUUCUAUGUUUGAGAGCAUGGGGAGCAGUGUGCGCUUCUGGCUCUCCUAUGGGAUAAGGAGGGUGAUUCCCCAGCCAGUUCCACCCCCAGGGACACUGCAGGUGCUCGGAAAGAGCUUUGAGACAAGCAUUGAUGUUCCUGAUGAGACAGAGGUCCAGGUCCUUCCAGAGGAGGACGACGGUCUUGACAUAAUCCCCUUCGAUCCAGAGGAGGACGGCUUCGAGGAUGACUUGGAUGCCCCCAGAGAGGAGUGGGUAGGAAAGCGGGUGCUCAGCUGGCUGUCACAGGGCUUUGAGAGGAUUGUGCCGCAGCCGGAGGGGAUGAAAAAGCUGGAGACAGAGCAGAAGGAUCAGAAGUGUGAAGCCACAGUGGAAGGCACAAAAAGGACUGAAACGACGGCAAAGCCAAAACCCCACCUUUCAGCUGCCAUGAGCACCUCAGUGGCAGAGACACCAGCAGCUGCCACGGGGCAGCCAGAGCCAGUGACCACCCUCACCACUCAGUCCGUGGCUCUGGAUGGCCUCAGGAUGUUCAUCUGGUUUGUCCAGAAGCUGGAGACGGUGCUGCCACAACCAGUGACCAGGGGGAAGCAGGACACACAGGGAGUGGCCUCAGCAACCUUGAGUCCUGUGGAACAAAUUCAUAUACCCCCUGGGGAACCCGAGGAGACCCACCUCAUCCUGGAAGAGGUCACUGAUGACCAGGUUAAUGAAGACACAUGUGAGAUGAUGGCCUGGAGUCACAAGGCUGAGCCAGAGGCAGAUGCUCGUUCCCUUCCCCCCAUACAGGAGGAACCUCUGGAAGAAGAAGAAAACAGACUGUGGUUGAGCUCCCCAAGCACUACCAAGGAGGAAAAGGAGGAGGAAAAGAAGGAGGAGGAAGAGAAAGAAAAAUGGGAGGAGGAAGAGAAGGAGCAGGAGGAAGAGAAGAAAAAAUGGGAGGAGGAAGAGAAAGAGCAGGAGGAAGAGAAGAAGGAGGAGGAGAAGGAGGAGGAGGAGGAAGAGAAUAAGAAGGCAGAGGAGAAGAAGGUGGAGGAAGAGAAGGAGGAGGAAGAGAAGAAGGUGGAAGAAGAGAAGAAGGAGGAGGAAGAGAAGAAGAAAGAGGAGGAGGAAGAGAAGGAGCAGGAGGAAGGGAAGAAGGAGGAGGAGGAAGAGAAGAGGGAGGAGGAGAAGAAGGAGGAGGAAGAGAAGGUGGUGGAGGAGGAGAAGGAGAAGAAGGUGGAGGAGGAAAAGAAGCAGGAGAAGGAGGAGGAAGAGAAGAAGGAGGAGGAGGAGAAGAAGGUGGAGGAAGAGAAGAAGGAGGAGGAGGAGAAGAAGGUGGAGGAAGAGAAGGAGGAGGAGGAGAAGAAGAAGGAGGAGAAGAAGGUGGAGGAAGAGAAGAAGAAGGAGGAAGAGAAGAAGAAGGAGGAAGAGAAGAAGAAGGAGGAAAAGAAGAAGGAGGAGAAGAAGAAGAAGGAGAAGAAGAAGGAGAAGAAGAGAAAGAAAGAGGGGGAGAACAGGAAAGAGGAGAAGAGGAAAGAGGAAAAGAGGAAAGAGGAGGAGGAGGAGAGUGCAGAGUCCCUGCUCUCUUCUCUCCCAACUACCAAUGGUGUGGAUGAAUCCUACAUUGCCGAGGAGGUCCUCAAGUUUGAGCAGCAGGCAGUAGCUGAGAUAAGUAACCUCGAAGGUGCUCUUGUACAGGUGGAAGAGAAGACAGCUGAAGCUGCUGAAACCAAUGCUGAAGGUAAUUACCCCACCGUGGAGAUCAAGGAUGUGGACAGCCGAGGCGAUGCUGCAGAGAACGAUGGUACCCACUUGCCGGUGCCCGCUGCCAGCGCUCCCAACAGGCUGGCGGUGCCCGGCGCAGCAUCCCCCAGGAGGAGGCGACUGGUCCCAGAGGAUGGUCUGGACGAGGGACUGGUGAGCUGGGACGAGGAGCAGAGGGAAAGCCUGCCCGAGCGCAUCGGCUCGGCCACGAGCCUGAGCAGUGCCAUCAUCAACACCCGGCUCCAGGAACUGGUGAAGCUCUUCAAAGAGAGGACCGAGAAGGUGAAAGAGAAGCUGAUUGACCCCGAUGUCACCUCGGAUGACGAGAGCCCUGUGGCAUCACCUGCUAAGCCAGCGCCUGCAGCAGCACCGGUGCCUCCCCCGGGAGGGGAGGUGGAGGAGGACAAGCCAUCAGGGGAUGACCACUACUGUGAGAUGCUGUGCUGCACCUUCAAGUACCGGCCCUGGAUGGACCGCCUGAAAAGCUACCAGUUCCCCAGCAGCAUCGACCCACUCACCAAUCUGAUGUAUGUACUGUGGCUGUUCUUCGUUGUCAUGGCCUGGAACUGGAACUGCUGGUUGAUCCCCGUCCGCUGGGCUUUCCCCUACCAGACCCCAGCAAACAUCCACUGCUGGCUGCUGGUGGACUACCUGUGUGACCUCAUCUACCUGCUGGACAUCCUCAUUUUCCAGACCCGGCUGCAGUUCGUCCAGGGGGGAGACAUCAUCACUGAUAAAAAGGCCAUGAAAGAGAACUACCUGAGAUCACAACGUUUUAAGAUGGAUGUGCUGUGCCUCCUGCCCCUGGAUUUCUUCUACUUCAAAAUUGGUGUCAACCCACUCCUGCGCUUCCCUCGAUGCCUGAAGUACAUGGCCUUCUUCGAGUUCAACAACCGCCUGGAGGCCAUCCUGACCAAGGCAUACAUCUACAGAGUGAUUCGAACAACUGCCUACUUACUGUACAGCUUGCAUGUGAACUCCUGCCUCUACUACUGGGCCUCAGCCUAUGAAGGACUGGGCUCUACCACCUGGGUCUAUGAUGGGGAAGGAAACAGCUACAUCCGCUGCUACUACUGGGCAGUCAAAACCCUCAUCACCAUCGGGGGCCUGCCAGACCCCAAGACACUGUUUGAGAUUGUCUUCCAGCUGCUGAACUACUUCACAGGCGUCUUUGCUUUCUCUGUCAUGAUAGGGCAGAUGAGAGACGUGGUUGGCGCCGCUACUGCAGGGCAAACUUACUACAGGAGCUGCAUGGACAGUACCAUUAAAUACAUGAACUUCUACAAAAUCCCCAGAACUGUUCAGAACCGGGUGAAAACGUGGUAUGAGUACACGUGGCACUCUCAAGGCAUGCUAGAUGAGUCAGAGCUGCUGGUGCAACUGCCAGACAAGAUGAGGCUGGACAUCGCCAUCGAUGUGAACUACAACAUCGUGAGCAAAGUGGCCCUUUUCCAGGGUUGUGACAGACAGAUGAUCUUUGACAUGCUGAAGCGGCUCAGAUCGGUGGUCUACCUGCCUAAUGACUACGUGUGCAAGAAGGGAGAAAUAGGCCGUGAGAUGUACAUUAUCCAGGCGGGACAAGUGCAGGUGCUGGGGGGACCCGACGGCAAAUCCGUGCUGGUGACUCUGAAAGCUGGAUCCGUGUUUGGAGAAAUAAGCUUGCUGGCGGCAGGAGGGGGAAAUCGCCGAACGGCAAACGUCAUAGCUCACGGCUUCGCGAACCUUUUCAUUCUGGAGAAGAAGGACUUGAACGAGAUUUUGGUGCACUAUCCGGAGUCUCAGAAGCUGCUGCGUAAGAAGGCCAAGAAAAUGCUGAAAAGCAACAACAAACCCAAAGAUGAGAAGGGAGGCCCUGGAGACGCGCUGAUCAUUCCCCCAAAAGCUGAGACCCCGAAGCUCUUCAAGGCUGCCCUGGCUGCCACGGGGAGGAUGGGGGGCAAAGGGCCGCUGGGGCGGCUCCGCUGGAGGCUGAGGGAGCUGAAGGAGAUGCAGGCGGCGCAGGGUUCCAGUUUCAGUCCAACCCCACCAAAGUCACCAGUGCACCAGAGAUCGCCUGUCACCUCCCACAGAGACCAAACCCGCCCAGGAGAAAUAUCCUCAGAAUCUUCUGAUCAUUUAGUCACCGUUCGUGUGAUUCCCACGGCACAAGAAGAUGAGGAAAUCCUCGCUGCUGAGAUUUCAGAGAAAGAAGACAAAGAAAAAGGAGAGAAAUGAAACAGCAGCACGUCCUGGGGCAGGCGUAGGAGUCAGGCAAAUGCCUGGGGUAGCAGAUUUUUGUUAUUAAUGAUUUCCAUGCGGUGGCUGUAGGCUUUGCAAUGUGCUGCGGGUAGGAUCUGCCUCUCUUUUCUGUCCAGACCCUCAUUCCCUGCUGAUAAAACCCUCUGCCAUUUGACCCAGAACCAUACAAGCCUUCCAUGGUCUGCAGAUCAAUAUUUAUUGAGCAUCUUUAUGAAUUUCCCACUAAAUCUCAGGCCAGCCCUCUUGCUUUGAAAUCCAGCUUUAUGGAGGGAGAGCUCUGGAAGAAAUUGCUUUUUAUGGCUCUGGAUGGUUAAUGAGUGUUCAGAUAAAGCGUGAAGAGUUAUUCACCUCUGACAGCUGAGUCACUGCUUGGCCAGAAACAAUCAGGGGGAAAAAAAUAACAAGGUUUCUCUGUUGGGCUCAAGGUUGACAGCGGCAGUGGAGAGUGAUUCAUCCGGAAAGGAUGCGGACUAUGCUCACAAGCCGAGCGUGGAGCAAAUCACACUGUCACAAGAAUGCCAAGGUCUGUCCCCGAGUGCACAGUCUGCAAGGUACUUGAGGGUCUCUGCGUGGUGCCAAGGCCACCUUGAGUUUGCCACUGGGAAGAGUUCCUGCCAGCAAUCCACCCUGGGAAGGUGGUGGGGCCUCCAUCACUGCAGGGUCUUGUGGAGAGAUUUGAUGAGCAUCUUUCAGGGAUGGAGAAGCACAAUCCUGGAUGUUCCUGGAGUUCCUUUCUAGCCCUGGGUUUCCAUGGGUGCACCAACCUGGCGCUGCUGGGAGAGAUAAACAGAGGGCAGGAAGGGAGAAGCUGAGUUGGUUCCCAGCUGGGAGGGGAAAGAGAAGUGCAGUAAGUGCUCUCCUCUCCCAGACAGUGUUUCAGAGUCAGCUCAGAGUCUGUGCCACACAAGCAACUCUGCACAACCGUGCAGGUGCUCCCCUGCAGUCACUGCUGGACCUCAGUGACAUCCACUUUUCCAGCAGCUGAUUUCCAGCCCUUCAGUCACUUGACUGGCUCUUGGCCACAUUUCCCAUGCAGGAGCCACGCUGGUAUUGCUCAUUGCUGCGACAGGGCACUUGUGAAGACACUCUCCCAGUGCUGGGACUGGGCACUGGAAGGGAAGUGAACAUCUGAUUAGCAGCCAGCACACCCAGCUGAUGGCUCAAGGUGUCUGAUCUUCGCCCAGCACCAACCAGAGCAGCUGCUGGUGAGCUGAGAGGUGGUGAGAAGUGGGAUGGCACCAAAUGAGGCACUGCAGAUCCUCCCCAAGGUUUUUGCUCACCACAUCCCCACAGCACUGCUGGCUCCAUUGAGAGGAGACAGUUUCCAUCCUCUGGAGGAAAAGCUGGGGCAGGUUUUGCCACAGGGAGCAGCCCCAUCUCCGCAGCCAAGGGGCUUCUCAGGUGUUCAGCAAAUCCUGUGAGCAGUGCUGCAGGUUCCACAGGUCUGGCUGUGAGACAGCCAGGGCUGUUCAUGCAGAGUGUCAGCUCUGGCAUCACUCCCCGGGUGAUCCCUCUUCCCAUCAGCAGCCUGGGGCUGACCUUCACCUCCUUUGGGAUCCUCUUCUUUUGUUGCUUCCCCCCCCCCCUUGCAAAAUAGAUGGGUUUCUGUGGCAGAAAAAGCCAGAAUAGAUGUUAGCAUUAAUUAACAAUGGCUUGCUUUCUUUUAAACAAAUUUAACGAGCUCCACUGUACUGCAGGAGGGUCUGAAGCCACCACUGCCCUUCACAUUGCAGGGGAGAGGCUGCACUCACCCAAACCUCCCUGAAUAUUUCUCGUCCUCAGUCAUUUGCAAGUGGUUUCCUGCUGGGUGGAAGGUUUCCGUGCAGAGUGCAAAGUAUUUUCUUUUCACUCUAUAAACAUUUAUAUAAUCAAACCAGGAAAUGUGCAAGAGUCAAACUGGGGCUCUGAUUUGCUGCUAUGGUUUGAUACAGUUUAGAAAAAGCAUUUAAAUAAAUAGUGAGGUGUAAUGGCUUUCAUAAUUCACUGUAUCUACAAUAAACACCACGUAGAUUACCGUU